GAGAGAGAGAGAGACCAGCUGGAAGUGUCGGCGUGCGUGGCACGGCUCGGUCCAUUAGAGGACGCCAUUAAAGUGCACGAGCCAAUGACAUCAAGAUCGAUCUCUCUCUCUCUCUUAAUGAGAGGUAAGGAUCUGCCUUUCCUUCUCUGAAGAAGUCAUCCUCUUGAGUCUCAGUGGCUAAGCAAAAGGGAAGGCAGAACGUUCUGCUUCUCUCGCGCCGCCGUUUGGUAGGAUCUCAAGGAAGAGAGGAAAAAUUGUCUUUCAGCCAGAAGGUUAGAGGAGGGGCUCGACCGUCGCUCUUAGAAAAAGGAAAGGAUCGGAGGAAUGCGAAGGAAAUUAAAUCGCUUUCCUUCUUCGUGUCUCUGAGGAAACGAGAUUGCUUUUCGAGAGGGAAUUUGUCGAUUCAAGCUGUUGUUGUCUAGUCUCUGUGUUUUUGCGGCGAUAAGUUUGCGUUUGUGUCAUGAAUUGACUGGCUCCUACUGUCAACGAUUGAGUUUCUGGAAGGAGUUUUGAAGAGUUCUGGAGAUUUUGAGGGAGCUUGUGGUUGUAGGCGAGGAGCUCACCGUCUGGGUGUUUUGUCUUUUUUUUUUCUGUUGUAAGGAUUCAGGCGACCAGGUCGUCCCGGGAAUUUGAACUUUUGACGAUGACAAUGACGAACUCUUGAGAGUUUUUGAAAGAUUAAAUUGAGGUUUUCCCAUCAAGGAAUUGAUUAUUUAGGUCGUUUUUGUGAAUCCAGUGAGUCUCGGAGGGAGGGGAGGGAUUAUUUUUCCCACAGUCCGGAGUGGGGUGGCUCUGGCGUAUUUUAUUGUUAUUAGUGCUUGCGUCAAGAUUUCGUUUAAUUACUCCGUUUUUCGGCAAACGUUUCGGUUAGAAAGUGGUGUAAUCAUAUUGAAGAUCCAGCAUCUCAUACAACGUGUAGCUUCAAGUAUUUCCUAUGGAAAUCCUGCUUUCUCAACGACAACUUGAAGAAGUCCAGUCAUAAUCUCGGUAGGGAAUCGUCUUUUAGCUGAUUUUUGGGUUUGCUGGCUUGCCGGCAUUAUGGAAUCACGAAUGGAUCAGUAUGAGGUAAUGGAACGGAUAGGCAGGGGAGCAUUUGGUGCAGCAAUCCUUGUAAAUCACAAGGCAGAGAAGCAGAAGUAUGUUCUUAAAAAGAUACGACUGGCACGACAAACUGAACGUUGCAGGAGAUCCGCUCACCAGGAGAUGGCACUUAUUGCACGGAUUCAGCAUCCUUACAUUGUAGAAUUCAAGGAGGCAUGGGUGGAGAAGGGUUGCUACGUGUGCAUUAUCACAGGCUAUUGUGAAGGUGGAGACAUGGCGGAGUUAAUGAAGAAAUCAAAUGGUGACUUAUUCCCAGAGGAGAAACUGUGCAAAUGGUUUACGCAACUCUUAUUGGCGGUGGAGUACUUACAUUCAAACUUUGUCCUGCAUAGGGAUCUCAAGUGCUCCAAUAUAUUCCUCACUAAGGAACAUGAUGUUCGUCUUGGUGACUUUGGACUUGCUAAAACUUUAAAGGCAGACGAUUUGGCAUCUUCUGUAGUGGGAACUCCUAAUUACAUGUGUCCAGAGCUUUUGGCAGACAUUCCAUAUGGUUUUAAAUCUGAUAUUUGGUCUCUAGGCUGCUGUAUGUAUGAGAUUGCUGCACAUCGUCCAGCAUUUAAAGCUUUUGAUAUGGCUGGGCUUAUUAGCAAAAUAAAUCGUUCCUCAAUUGGUCCACUGCCGCCAUGUUAUUCUUCUUCUUUGAAAACACUUAUCAAGAGUAUGCUGAGAAAAAAUCCAGAGUAUCGACCUAGUGCAUCGGAAAUUUUGAGGCAUCCUUUUUUGCAACCAUAUGUUGAUCAAUGUCGCGCAUCCAUGGAUACUAUAGCAUCCGCUGCACCCGAGAAGCCCAUGCGCAGUAUCCAUCACAAUCACAGCAUGGCCAGAAGUGAAAAUAGUAGCAAAUGUAGCAGUGACAGGGAGAGUGUACUCUCUAGUGGAAAAGGCAGUAACGGUCUCGAGCUUGAUGUCCAGAAGGCUAAUGAAACAACAAGAAGCUCAAAUAGUGAUUUGGUGGACUGUGCUAACAGCUGCACUCAUUCACCAGUCGAAACAUCUCAUUUAUCAAAUGAUAAAUCUGUUUCAAGCAUCAAGUGUACAGAAGAAAAGCCACAUGUGACCAGUGCUUGUCAUGAUGGUCACAAACGUAAACUUGAUGUAAAACCACCAACUGUAAAGAGCAUAUUAGUUGCUUUAAAAGAGGAAGCCAAGUCUAGGGAGAGCAGUUCACCUCUUAGAAGCAGUCGUUCCAAGAUCAAUCACUGUCUUGGGAUUGAUGGCCACAAGGCUAAUGGGACAGCAAGAGAUGUAAUUGAUGAUCUAAUGGACUCCGCUAGCAGCUGCACUAAAUCACCAGUCAGGUCAUCUCGUUCGUCAAAAGAAAGUUCUGCCCCAAGCGUCAGAACUACAGAAGAAAGGCAAUCCGGAACCAAGUCUCCUUGUGAUGAUAACAAAACGAAAGCUGAUGAAAAGCCAACAAAAAAUGUGAAGACCAUAUUGGUUGCUUUGAAGGAGCAGGCCAGGGCUAGGGAAAAUAGCUCACCUGUUAGAAGCAGUCGUCCCAAGAGCAGUGGAGUACCAAACCAAAAGGAUAAUGAUGCACUAUCUACUGCUUCCAAGACUUCUGCUUCAACGCCUUGCUCACCAAUGCAUAGUAAUGAUAAGGCUGUUGCUGUAUCUAAAGCUAAUGCUGAUCCAGCUAAAAAGACACCAACGGUGCACUCAUUGAAGCAUGCGUUGCCUGCAUUGGAUGGAUCGCCUAGGAGUAAAGCAAGAGUUGAAGGAGCGCGAUUUUCUGAACCCUCAAAGCAUGUUACGGAAGAUGCAUUUUCUGGAAAGCCAAGUCAGCAGCAUCCGUUUCCCAGGUUGGCAAAAAAACCAUUUCCUGUACAGAUGAAAGAUGCCGAAGUUGGUGUAGAGGUGGUGGAACAACCAAUAGGUGAGAUUGACCAAAACAUUGAGAGAGCUCCACUGAAAUCUAGCAGUAAAGCAAGAGUUGAAGGAGUGCGAUUGUCUGAACCCUCAAAGCAUGUUACGGAUGACGCACUUUCUGGAAACCCAAGUCAACAGCAUCCGUUUCCCAGGUUGGCAAAAAAACCAUUUUCUGUACAGACGAAAGAUGCCGAAGUUGGUGUAGAGGUGGUGGAACAGGCAAUAGGUGAGAUUGACCAAGACAUUGAGAGAGCUCCACUGAAAUCUAGCAGUAAAGCAAGAGUUGAAGGAGUGCGAUUGUCUGAACCCUCAAAGCUUGUCAGGGAAGAUGCACUUUCUGGAAACCCAAGUCAACAGCAUCCGUUUCCCAGGUUGGCAAAAAAACCAUUUCCUGUACAGAUGAAAGAUGCCGAAGUUGGUGUAGAGGUGGUGGAGCAACCAAUAAGUGAGAUUGACCAAGACGUUGAGAGGGCUCCACUGAAAUCUAGUAGUAAAGCAAGAGUUGAAGGAGUGCGAUUGUCUGAACCCUCAAAGCAUGUUACGGAUGACGCACUUUCUGGAAACCCAAGUCAACAGCAUCCGUUUCCCAGGUUGGCAAAAAAACCAUUUUCUGUACAGACGAAAGAUGCCGAAGUUGGUGUAGAGGUGGUGGAACAGGCAAUAGGUGAGAUUGACCAAGACAUUGAGAGAGCUCCACUGAAAUCUAGCAGUAAAGCAAGAGUUGAAGGAGUGCGAUUGUCUGAACCCUCACAGCAUGUUACACAAGAUGCACUUUCUGGGAAGCCAAGUCAACAGCAUCCGUUUCCGAGGUCGGCAAAAAAACCAUUUCCUGUACAGAUGAAAGAUGCCGAAGCCGGUGUAGAGGUGGUGGAGCAACCAAUAGGUGAGAUCGACCAAGACGUUGAGAAAGGUUCAAGGAAAUCUAGCAGACAUACACGAACAGAUGGCCUAAGUUCCAAAUCGUCAUGUGGGAGCGAGCAGGAUUUUGAAUUUUCUGCAGUGGUUUCAAGCAUUACAAGAGGAAAGGAGCAACGACAAGUACAGAAAAUGUCAAGUUACAGCGAUCACCUCUUAAAAGAAAGUUCUCCUACGCUCCCGUGUCUUGAAGUACAAACUCUUAAUAGUUGUUUGAAAUUAACUUCUCAGCCAGUGAUGCAAGAUUUGGAGCUUGGCACAAAGAGUGACUGGAGCAACCCAUGUUGUAUGCCUCCUGUUCCUGAUUAUGAAGUUCACUUUCGAAGCAAAAUUCCUGAACCAGAUCCUUCUGCCUAUUCUACCUCAUCUACAGCAUUUCCCGGGUCUCAAUCAGUAGACAGAGCCGCGCACAUGGAUAAGUCUUUCUCGACAAGAACCAGCGAACCACGAAAAGAUGGAGGCCUGCAAGAUGGUGUCAGCAUCAAUAAUGAAGUGAAGCCUUUCUUUACCCCUACUAUCGAACAGCCUAACACUUCUCCUGGAAUGGAACCCUCUGCAACCAAACUUAGUGAACAAGGCAAAAAAGCAGAGUCUGCAUCUGGUAAUCUUAAUCUACCGACUGGGGAUGACAAAUUCACUGUAACAGAACUUCGCUCCUCUCUCCCCGAUAUGGCUUCUUGCUCCAUGCCAACUACAACAACAAUUCUACAUCCUGAGAAUGAAAGUAAUAUGCCUGAGAAGCCAUUAACACAUCCUGGUCCAGCCGUUGAUGAUGUCGUACAUGUGAUAAGGCACAGCAGUUUUCGAGUAGGAAAUGAGCAACAAACGUUAGAACCAGUGGAUCAGAUUAUGGACGUAGGGAAACUAAUUAAUGUGGUGAGUGAGGACACGCAAGCCAAAUCUGUGAAACCAAGUCUGGCUCACGACGCGGGAAACAAAGAUGAGAUUCCAGACAAGGACGAGAAUCCAGAGAGGGAACCAUUGGAUGUUAAUUCAUACAGACAGAGAGCAGAUGCACUUGAAGGGCUCCUGGAGCUCUCUGCAGACCUGCUACAGCAGAAGCGUCUUGACGAGCUUGCGGUGGUCCUAAGACCAUUUGGGAAGGACAAGGUUUCCCCAAGAGAGACAGCUAUAUGGUUGGCAAAAAGCUUAAAGGGGAUGAAUGAGGGGACUCCUGGACGUCAUGCUUGACUUAACGGUGGACUACAAGUCCAUGAUCGGGUUUCCAUUCCAAUAGAAGGUCUUCUUUCUUAGCCUGCCAAGUGUCAAGUGGUCUACACUUGACUCCACAGGUUUUCUUUUCACCCAAGCUUCCCAGUAAUCGGCCAUUCCUGGAUAUUGAGUUUCUUAGGUUAUGCUUUUCUUGGUUAUUCGUUCGCUAGCUUGAGAAAUUGAAGGCCUGGAAGUGUGGGUCACAUGAUAUGGUCCACUGUCUUCUCAAGGCUUAGAGCUGGGUUGCUAACUUUGGGAAAGUCAAGCACCUGCGAACGUAUUUCUGCCUUGUGAAUUGAGUUAACGGUGGCUUCCAGGAUACUGAGUUUCUUAGGUUAUGAUUCUCUUGGUCGUUCGUCCUCUAACUUAAGAAAUCGAAAGCCUGGAAGUGUGGUUCACAUGAUAUGGUCCAAUGUCUUUUCAUGGCUUAGAGCUGGACUGCCAACUUUGGGAAAGUUAAGCAUCUGAGAACAUCUUUCUGCCUUCUGAAAGUCGGUAGCAGGUUUGGACCAGUUGCUGACUUUCAUACGGUACUGUAUUUUUAUUUUCUCAAGAGAGACUCUGAGACACGAGAAGCUUCUCAUGUUUGCAAAUAACUUGAACAAGUGCUGCAAACAUGUGGAAGUGUACAGUUUGCGCUACACAACCAGAAGAACUUGAGCUCGAGUUACAGGGGUUGGGGAAAAUCCCUUAAUUUCCUCGUUAUUUUCUGUUGCUUUCUUUUUUUCAGCUUGACCAGAUUUGCACAGUGGUUUCUGUCUUCGUACAAUCUUUCAAUUCUUUGAUUUCAGCUGCAAGCUCAA